AUGUCGUCAUGGUUAGUUACUGUUGUCUAUGUAGGAGGAAUGUUAAUGCAACAAUCAAAACAAAGAUCCGGUUUUAAAAACAAAGGAAUUCAAAAAUAUUAUAAUCCAUCAGCAAUGCUUGUUCCGUGGUUUCCCGAUCACACAACUCGAGAUACUUAUGUUUCUCUACUACAACAAACUGAUCCUCCCGCUACUGAAUUACAACUAAAAGCUGCGUUAUUACGUAGAGCUAUGACAAAUGUUGAAAGAGUAAUGAAACUUAGGGAGAAUCGUCCAGCUCUUCUUUCUUUAGUACAAAAAGGUGCUGUGGGUGAUGGAUUAUGGAAUUCUUUUCAAAAAGCUGAACAAGAACUUCAACAAGAUGUGAUAGAAGUUACUCAAGAAGCUGAAACUUUUAAAAAGAACUGGGGCCAAACUAUUUUAUAUACUGCUAACGAAAUGGUUCAACAUGAAAGACAUAAGGAAAUUGCUGAACAAAUUAAAGAAUUAAAAGAAAAAGAAGAAAAAAACUUUAAGAAAAGAGAGGAAAGAGAAAAACUUGAAAUGGCUGAACAUGAAAAAAGAGAAAAGGCUAGAUUAGAAAAAGAAAGAAAGAAAGCCGAAGAAGAACUACUAAAAAUGGAAGAAUCAGAAAAGAAAAAAGGAAAAGAUUCUAAAGGGAAAAGUAAAAAGAAAUAG